GCGUUACAGUGUUUCUAAACUGAAAAUGAAAGUAGACGUGACCUCGCGGCUGGUUCAGUCUUUAAAAGCAAUUUUUCUCUCUCUCUUUUUCCAGCUGUGAUAAAACAUCGCGCAGCUCCGGACUUGCUACCAGCUGUUUGGUGCUCAUAUCACCGGAGUACAAGGCAACAUGGUUGUUUCUGCCAGUUGAAUCUCUUGGAACCCGCUCCAAUUCUGCAGCUGUAUCCUAGCAGUUUCUUCCGAAAUGGGUACGUAAAUAAUCAUGUUUUUCGGGGAUCGUACAGCUCCUUGUGUUUCUCUACUUCCAUAAUUAAUUUAAUUUCAUCCAUCUUAACUGCUUGCCUCAGACUUUCUGCCUCUCUGUCCUGUUUGCUCCAGAAAAAAAGACACCCAAAACCACACCCCCUUCACGUGGUCACACACACGCACACAAGUUCGAUGUGUGUGUAUGUGUGUGUGUGUUCGUGUGGUUUUUCUGCAGUGUCUGAUUACGAACACAUUUGACUAUUGCGGAAUUUUAUUUUGAAAUGCUUUAUUUUGUUAAAUUUACCGGCCUGCCUCUUAUGUCUAGGUUUGACAGGUCUGCCAGAAUUGACGCGAUUCACCCGCGGCUUGCAAGCGGCUGGAGCGCCGGCGCGAGGCAUGACCAGUUUAAAGUAAAAUAAAAAUGUCCCAUAGUUUUAACUAACUUGCACAACAAAGUAGUUUAUCCUGGAACUGACACUCUUUGUUAAUAUUGAUUGUGAAUCGAUUUAAAUCGAGAAUCAAUUCUGAAUUGAAUCGGCACCCCGAGAAUCGGAAUCAAAUCAAAUCGUUAGUUGCUCUGAGAUUCACAUCCCUAGUGUGAUGUCUUCAGUAGGCACAGAAUCCCUGUCGUCCUUUGUAAAUGGAAAUAUGGUCACCCUAGGUUCAUCACAGUUGUUGUAGCUGUCAUGCCUAACACAGUGUGUCACGUUACAGGACAAGUGAACCAUCUGUGGUCUUUAAUGUUUUUUGUUUCGUCGAGCCUCUCUGCUCCCGUUUCAGAGAACUUUGCAGUUGUGGGCGAGACGUCCAUCUUGGUGCAGAGGAACCAAACAGCCACUUUACCCUGCUGGCUCCGCCCCCCCCAGAGUGCUGAGAAUCUGGAGGUACGCUGGUACCGUGGCAGUGAAAACUUUGAUAACACCGUCAUGACUCACAAAGCCAAAAGUGGAUCCCAGAGUGCUUCAUAUGUUGGCCGAGUCUCAUUUGGUUUAAAAGAUGCAGCAUCUGGUGGGCUGAAGGCAGGUGAUGUGAGUCUGAAGCUGGUAAACGUCACGAUUCAGGAUGCAGGGGUCUACACCUGCUUUGUCAGCAGCUCAGAGGACUAUGGGAGCUCAACUGUGGCUCUCAAUGUGACAGAAACAGGAAAUCCUCCUCUUCUGACAGCAGUGUGGAAAGAGGCUAACAUGGUGGAAGUGAGCUGUGAAUCUGAGGGCUGGUAUCCACAGCCUGAGCUGCUCUGGUCACACAAGAAUAAAGCUCUGACCUCCAGUAAUGUGAAAUAUGACAGAGACUCUACUGGUCUUUACUCAGUCCACAGUUGGGUUCUUGUCUCCAACUCGUCUGAAAUCUCCUGCUCUGUUGGUGUUGCUAAUCAAGUGACCAGAGAGGUCAGAUUAAAGCUGACAAAUCACCAAAGAUCACUACGAGAAGCGUCAGAACCUUCCUCAGAUGGAUGGGUGGCUUUUGGGAUACUCGUGGUGGUGGUGGUGGUGGUAUUAGCUGCAGCUGGAGCUGUGUACUUCAGAAAGAGAUUCAAGAAGUCUGAAUCAGGAGGUGACCAACCUGAUGGGCAGAAACUCUCUGAAGAGGCUGAAGCACUCCUGCCAAUAGGAAGGGUGGUACCAACAGCUCUGUUAGAGCCUUCCAAGCAUUACGUGAAUGUUGAACUCAUGGACACAAAAAACCCACACCUAACAAUCAGAGGGUCUAGAGUAAGAGAUGCUAAAUGGUUUCCAGAUGGAGACACUAGAGUUACCUGUCUCACAGCCAUCAGAGGAACAUGUGGAUUCUCUACUGGACAACACUACUGGGAGGUUUCUCUAAAAGAUAACCACUGUGAACCCAAACAGUCCUGGUGGAUCGGAGUAACAAACAGACCUGAAAUCCCUCAGGACAGCAGUUUGUCUCCUAACAUAUCUAAUGGUUUCUGGUUCCUGUCUUCUUCUGGUCCAGGAGAUACCAUCCAGUAUAGCACUGACCCGGAGACGUCUCUUCAUGUCCAGUCAAGACCAGAGACAGUCGGUGUUUAUUUAGACUUUGACUCUGAAGAACUCUCCUUUUACAAUGUGGAGGAGAAACAGCUAAUUAUAUCGUUGGCAGUUAAGUUUAAAGGAGAAAUCUUUCCAUUUUUCAACCCUGGGAGAGGUGACACGUCAGUUAUGGAGAUAAUACAGAAGAUAGAGCAGGUUGAGUGUAACGAUGACGUCUGAUCAUCAUUAGCAGAUGAAGUAAAACUUGUCUGAGAAAGUAAACAUUGUGUAUCUCAGCAUGGUACUUUUGCCCUGCACUCUUGUUUUUACACAUACAAAUUUUUUUAAAUAAUUCCAAAUAAAUGAAGGACAGAAGGGAAUGAAUUCACUUCACAUGCAUCCAGUCAUGGAUACAGAAAUGAAACACCAAAUUUUAGAGGCUUUUACGAGUUUAAAACUUCCAAAAUUUAAAUGUGGCUUUAUUCACUGAAAAAUAAUCAAUUUAUAGAAUGUAGGCAACAAUUUUAGUAAUUUACAAUCCAAACACUUCAGUGGUACUGAGAUAAUUACCUCACACCUGCAUUUUUUUCAACCCUAAGAUUUUCAGUUACAAAAAUGCAUCUUUUUGUAAUGUCUAACAAUUUGAUGAAAUUUUUGAGGAUACCAUCAGUCUAGAAAUAAAUAAGUAAAUAAUAGUGGAUGAGAGUGGAACUGCACGUUUUGGCACUCUGGGAGCAGCUCUGGAUGAGUGGGGUGCCCCAUGGAUAGGACUUGGGGAACUAUUGCCACAUACAGGUUUGGCACACCUAUGAAUGUUCUAGAGAAUCACCCCUAAAUUAUUUCUUUUUGUUGAUAAACUGUAUAAAUGAAUGUCGAAUUGUGUUGUGAACACACAUUUUGGCAUUUUUUGUGCAUUCAAUUUAAAAUAUAAAUGUUCUGCCUGAAACCAUCAGUGUAGCGCCCUCUUUGGGUUUAAACUGAGCACUACAUUAAAUUUGAUUCGGCCAUUGCUAAUGCACGUGGCUGCACUACUGCAGCUGAGUCCCCAUAAGCCUUUGGCUGACUCAGCCAAUCACUAAACGAUAUGGCUCAGGGCCAUUCCCCUCCUCCUUCACAGUAGGAAGCCUGGUGCUGUUUCUCUGUUUCAGUCAAGUGUGUGUUUGUGUUUGUUAGCAAUUUAUUCCUCAGAUGGAAAUCUCCUGGUGGGGGCAGCCCCGCCCUUUCAGUUUGCUAGGCCGUCCCUCCUUUUGGUGCAUUUUUCAAAUGGCAUUUGGGUGGAGUUAAGCUUGGUUUAUGCUUGACGCGUCCGCGAGGUUUGCACGGCUCCGCGCGGCAAAAUUGCGUCAUUUUAACAACCACGCCCCCCCACCGCGCCUCCGCACUGCCCAAACUUUCUGCACCGCUCACCUAGGAAAUUUUGUAACCACGCAGACGGUCGGUCGCGGAAAACAUGGCGGACUGGCAAGAACUAGUAUGGCAGAGGUUCGUAAAUAUAGACAUUUGUAUGAUUCAGCUCUCAGAGAUCACCGUGAUCAACAUGUUGUUAAUAAUUCUUGGAGAGAAAUAGCUCGCACUGUCGGAAAAGUCGAGGACGCUGUUAAAAAAUGCUGGAAUGCCAUGUUGUAAACAGUAAUUUCUACUUCUACUAUGGUGUAGUGUUGGAUGCAUGCUGUAGAGCUCCAUGCUGCCCCCUACAGUUUGGGAGAAUAUUGGCUCACCGCAGAGACGAGCCGCAUGAACCAUAAACGCUGCAAGUUGUGAAGCCCGUUCCAUCCGCGAGCUGCAUUACCAAGCGGAAAGUAAAUGCGUCAAGCAUAAACCAAGCUUUAGACUGUGGUGGGGGGACUUGCUCUUUAACCCUCCCACUGUCUUUAUGGGUGACCCCGUGAGGAAAGUUGACCAUUGAGCAGGAUUGAU